UUUGACACUAGCUGUCAACAGUGGGCCAUGUGUUGAAUAAAAUUUACGUAAACAAAUUAAUAAAAACAUCAAUUUUAGCCUGAUUGCACACAGUGAAACUAUUUAACAUUAAACAUGGAGACAGACAAUAUCAAUGUGAACGAUUUUCUUCCCGCUAAGAACCCUAUUAAGCUGAAAAAUGUGAAGAGAAGGGCGGUUUCCGAGUCGGGAGACACCAUGGAGGUGGAAGAACACAACGGCAUCCAGGGCAAGGCUAAACACACUCGUCCAAGGGCUAAGAGGUCUAAGAAGAAUGCUGAGCCCAACGAGAGCAAGGUCAACAUGAGGAAAAUACCAGUUCCCGCACACAGAUACACACCUUUAAAAGAGAGCUGGUUAAAGAUAUUCACGCCAAUAGUGGAACACCUUCUGCUGCAAGUACGCUUCAACACAAAAACUCGUAACGUCGAGAUCAAAGUCGGACCUGAAACUAAAGAUAUAGCUAACUUACAAAAGGCUGCAGACUUCAUCAAGGCUUUCAUCUAUGGCUUUGAAGUAGAAGAUGCACUAGCCCUCCUCAGAUUGGACGAUCUAUUUGUUGAAUCAUUUGAGAUCAAAGAUGUCAAGACACUGAACGGUGACCACUUAGGAAGAGCCAUUGGCCGUCUAGCAGGAAAGGCAGGGAGGACAAAAUUCACAAUUGAAAAUGUAACAAAAACCCGAAUAGUCCUGGCUGAUUCUAAAAUCCACAUUUUAGGCAGCUACCAGAAUAUUGCCUUGGCUAGAAGAGCCAUUUGUAACCUGAUCAUGGGGUCGCCUCCUUCAAAAGUUUACGGAAACCUGCGGAAUGUUGCCAACAGAGUCGCUGAGAGAUUUUAGUCUAAUAAAGUAUUUAUGGUUCACA